AACUGCUUCUAGUAGAAAAGCAAAUACAUCUAACAUAUUGAAAAGUAACUAGAGAAGGGAAUGAAAUGAGAAGAGAAUUUGCAUCAAAUUAUAAUUUUAGAUUUAUUUGCAUGAGUCCAUAAUUGUUCCAUGAGAUCUUUGUUUCAUGCAGUGUCAUAUAUAUGUUUUGACCGGCUUGAAAUUAAUGAUAGACGAUUAGCUAGGAAAUGCAUGACAGGAGAUCAUGAAAAUUUGGUUAGUUUUGCUCAUUUGAAAUGUAAUGAUACUAAGCUACAUACUGGUCAGAGAAAGAGAGGAAACUCGAUCUUGUGGUUUUCCUUUUAUCAAAGUAGCUUCCAUUCAUAUCUCUUCGAUCUUGUUCAAGCUUUUUUCCUCAUUUUACCCGAUGGUGCUAUGGAAUGAUUUUGUCACACACCACUUAAUGGAACUAUGGAAGUAGGUUCUGCAGAGAUUGGUAAACUCAAGGCAGCGGCCAUAAUCGGACAUGAUUAUGUCGUUCGGGCUGCGAGUGCUGCUUUCCCAAGGUUUGAAUUUGAUGAGUUAACGGCUGUUCUAGAUGGGUUUGAAGAUCCACAGACCUUGUCAAACGGUUUUUCAUUUGGGGGAAAAACUUACUUGAUCAUGCCACAAGAUGAUGAGGAGAUCAUUCGUGGAGUCUUGGACACUGAAAGUAUUACCAUAAAAAAGACUCGGACUUUAUUCGUUGUUGGUAUAUAUGACGGGUACUAUGAGUCUUCAUGUAACAUGCUGUGCGACCAAAUUGUAAGAGGCUUGCGGUGUAGUGGUGUACUUUGUUGAAGAGAACUUCUAACUUCUAAUUUCGUAAUUGCACUUGCUUUGAGAAUAGCUACGGAUCGUAAUAAACAAUUGAUCUUUUCAAUCUUAUUUAUGUAAUUUCGAAUUUUCGAUCCUGUACCAUUCUCC